GUAUAUAAUUAGAAAAAGAUAGUUCCCUCAAUAGGAAAAGAAUAAAAGAAGAAACACAAAUGGCCAGUAAUCAUGUAAAAGUAUGUUCAGAAAUUAAGAAAUGUGGGCAGAAGCAGUGGUAUAGUUUUUCUAGUUUACAAAGGCUAAAAGUAUCGAAAAAAGUGAAAAACGGCAUUGCUUAGGAAUGUGGGGAAACUGGCACCUUCAUACUCAUUAGUUGGAAUGUAAAUUGAUACCUUUUUUUUUGAAGAGCAGUUUGAUACAUAUAUUGAAAGCCUUAAAAAUUUCAUACUCUUUGACCUAACAAUUCCAUCUAGAUGACAUAAUCUGAAAUGCAUUCACUAUUUGUAUACAAGGAUAUUCCUCUUAUGUUAUUUAAAAUAGCAGUAAAUUGGAUACAUCAUUUUUUAGCAUUACAGGAUAACUAAACUAAACUGAGGCAUAUCUGUACAAUGAAAUACUAUUCAGCCAUUUAAAAAUGUUACAAAACAAUAUUUAAUGACGUAGGUAAAGGUCACAGUAUAUUACUAAAUAAAAAAACAAUCACAGUUGUGCUUGGGGCAAAAAACAGGCAUUGAAAAAAGAUUUCUUCUGGGGUAUGGGAACCUGAUUGUAAACGAUGGCUGUGUGGAUCCAAGCGCAGCAGCUCCAAGGAGAUGCUCUUCAUCAGAUGCAAGCACUGUAUGGCCAGCAUUUCCCCAUUGAGGUGCGGCAUUACCUCUCCCAGUGGAUUGAAAGCCAAGCCUGGGACUCAAUAGAUCUUGAUAAUCCACAGGAGAACAUUAAGGCCACCCAGCUCCUGGAGGGCCUGGUGCAAGAGCUGCAGAAGAAGGCGGAGCAUCAGGUGGGGGAAGAUGGGUUCUUGCUGAAGAUCAAGCUGGGGCACUACGCCACGCAGCUGCAGAACACCUAUGACCGCUGUCCCAUGGAGCUGGUCCGCUGCAUCCGCCACAUCCUGUACAACGAACAGAGGCUCGUCCGAGAAGCCAACAACGGUACCGCUCCAGCUGGCAGUCUCGUGGACGCCAUGUCCCAGAAACACCUUCAGAUCAACCAGACAUUCGAGGAGCUGCGACUGGUCACGCAGGACACAGAGAAUGAGCUGAAGAAGCUGCAGCAGACUCAAGAGUACUUCAUCAUCCAGUACCAAGAGAGCCUGAGGAUCCAGGCUCAGUUUAGCCAGCUGAACCAGCUGAAUCCCCAGGAGCGUAUGAGCCGGGAGACGGCCCUCCAGCAGAAGCAGGUGUCCCUGGAGGCCUGGCUCCAGCGCGAGGCCCAGACGCUGCAGCAGUACCGUGUGGAGCUGGCCGAGAAGCACCAGAAGACCCUGCAGCUGCUGCGGAAGCAGCAGACCAUCAUUCUGGACGAUGAGCUGAUCCAGUGGAAGCGGCGGCAGCAGCUGGCCGGGAACGGAGGGCCCCCUGAGGGUAGCCUGGAUGUGCUGCAGUCCUGGUGUGAGAAGUUGGCCGAGAUCAUCUGGCAGAACCGGCAGCAGAUCCGCAGAGCUGAGCACCUCUGCCAGCAGCUGCCCAUCCCCGGCCCAGUGGAGGAGAUGCUGGCGGAGGUCAACGCCACCAUCACGGACAUCAUCUCAGCCCUGGUGACCAGCACGUUCAUCAUCGAGAAGCAGCCCCCUCAGGUCCUGAAGACCCAGACCAAGUUUGCGGCCACCGUGCGCCUGCUGGUGGGGGGGAAGCUGAACGUGCACAUGAACCCGCCCCAGGUGAAGGCCACCAUCAUCAGCGAGCAGCAGGCCAAGUCGCUGCUCAAGAACGAGAACACUCGCAAUGACUACAGCGGGGAGAUCCUGAACAACUGCUGUGUGAUGGAGUACCACCAGGCCACGGGCACGCUCAGCGCCCACUUCAGGAACAUGUCCCUGAAGCGAAUUAAGAGGUCUGAUCGUCGUGGAGCAGAGUCAGUGACAGAAGAGAAAUUUACAAUCCUGUUUGAAUCACAGUUCAGUGUUGGAGGAAAUGAGUUGGUUUUUCAAGUUAAGACCCUGUCCCUCCCGGUGGUGGUGAUCGUUCACGGCAGCCAGGACAACAACGCGACAGCCACUGUCCUCUGGGACAACGCUUUCGCGGAGCCUGGCCGGGUGCCAUUCGCCGUGCCUGACAAAGUGCUGUGGCCGCAGCUGUGUGACGCGCUCAACAUGAAAUUCAAGGCCGAAGUGCAGAGCAACCGGGGCCUGACCAAGGAGAACCUCGUGUUCCUGGCACAGAAGCUCUUCAACAGCAGCAGCAGCCACCUCGAGGACUACAGCAGCAUGUCGGUGUCCUGGUCCCAGUUUAACAGGGAGAAUUUACCAGGACGGAAUUACACUUUCUGGCAGUGGUUUGACGGUGUGAUGGAAGUGUUAAAAAAGCAUCUCAAGCCUCAUUGGAAUGAUGGAGCUAUCUUGGGUUUCGUGAACAAGCAACAGGCCCAUGACCUGCUCAUUAACAAGCCCGAUGGGACCUUCCUGCUGAGAUUCAGUGACUCUGAAAUUGGGGGCAUCACCAUUGCUUGGAAGUUUGAUUCUCAGGAAAGAAUGUUUUGGAAUCUGAUGCCUUUUACCACCAGAGACUUCUCUAUCCGGUCCUUGGCUGACCGCCUGGGUGACCUGAAUUACCUUAUCUAUGUGUUUCCUGAUCGGCCGAAGGAUGAGGUGUACUCCAAAUAUUACACGCCGGUCCCCUGCGAGCCUGCCACUGCUAAAGCAGUGGACGGGUACGUGAAGCCGCAGAUCAAGCAAGUGGUCCCUGAGUUUGUAAAUGCCUCUGCAGACUCUGCGGGGGGCAGCGCCACCUACAUGGACCAGGCCCCCUCCCCAGCCGUGUGCAACCAGGCUCACUUUAACAUGUACCCACAAAACCCUGACCCUGUCCUUGACACCGAUGGGGACUUUGAUCUGGAUGACACAAUGGACGUGGCGCGGCGUGUGGAGGAACUGUUAGGCCGACCAAUGGACAGUCAGUGGAUCCCCCAUGCGCAGUCGUGACCCCCAGGCUCCAUCUUCAGCUUCUUCAUCCGCGUCAGAGGAGUUACUCUUGUGGAUGUUUCAAUUCCAUGAAUCGCUUCUCUUUGGAAACAAUACUCAUAAUGUGAAGUGUUGAUACUAGUUGUGACUUUAGUGUUUCUGUGCAUGGUGGCACCAGUGAAGGGAAUGUGCGAGAGUGAGUGUGCGUGCGUGCGUGUGCGUGUGUUUGCAUGUUGUUUCUCUCCCCCUCGCUGUCCAGAGUGUAGCUGUAGCGGUGGGGCCACAGAGGCUGUGGUUUGGUUGUUUUAACGUUGUACACAAAGAUUGUUCCUUGAACCCUGGAACUCGGCCAUGUGUCUUGAGGGAGGCUGAACUUUGACGUGUGGCCGUUCAAGUGAGAGAAAGACAAGGGGGGAGAGCACCUCCUCUCUGGGGAGCCUUUGUCACUGUGUCUGCCAAGCCGUUGAUGUGUAACCGUGAUUAUCUCCGCCUUUCUUCUCAAGUAUAGAAACUGCCUUUUGACAAAGAAAGCCAGCCCUCCCGCCUCCCCUCCCCCCUGCCCCCGUUUUCCCGGGAAGAGACGGGAAAGGGGAGACAUUCCACGAGAGCGUGGGAGCAAGAGGGGUCUUAGGUGGCUUUCUAAAUAACACCCAUCUUAAUGUUCUCUCCCCCCACUCUGGAAUUGCCACUGUGUGCCUGUGCGUGUGCACAUGUACAGACGCGUCUCACGAGCUACAGGAAGGAACCGAGGGUCACGUAACCGAAGCGUGCAGUGCCCACGUCCCCUGUGUCCGCCAGAGCGGCCUGCCCAGCCUUGGCUCCAGGCGCUGAGAAUGCCGGCCGGCCGCCCUGCGGAGCUGCGUCGGCUCUGCCCAGCCGUGUGCCAGCAGCGACACAAGCGAGGCUUCGCGAGGGCUCGUGGAGGACGCUUUGUAGCGGACGUUGAAUGGUGUUUUUGUCUCUAGAUGGGACUUUCUGUUUUCCUCUGCCCGCCCUCACAUGCCGUAGGAGUCUCUUCCCGUGCCAGGCCCUGUGCCGCCCGCGCCAGGCCACCGCGUUGCCCUUCAUGUUCAUGCACCGACCACGUCUUCAUAGUGGGUGGCAGGGGCGUGCGCGAACCAGGGCCGCAUGUCCAGCGGUGUCGUUGCCCCCAGGUGUGGGGUGCUGGGGGUGCUGGGCGUUGGUAAUCUGUGGGGGGACGCAGUCAACAAUUUUGCUGGGAAGUUUGGGUAAACUGCAAACAUAGAACAAAAAAGCCUAUGCAUAAUGUUGCCCAGUUUCUUCCGUAGCUGCACACCUGAAGGAACAGCCGUGGCAGGCGAGUGGGAGGUGGGGGUCAGACAGAGCUUCAGGCUAGGCCUACAAGGUCAGCCCGCCCCCUCUCCAAGAGAAAGGCAAGACCACACCUGGAGAGAAUGGCGCUAAAGACCUUAUUUUUAUACACCCCAGUACAUAAGCAGAUAUUUUUUUUUACAAAAAUAACUGAAUUUAUCAGUGUUUUGAUGUUAAAGGAAAAUAUUCCUCUGUGGUAAAUUAUUUAUUGGAAGAUGAUUUUUUAAAAGCUGCUGUUGGCCCUGGCUUGUUUUCAUACACUGAUUUAUUUUUCUAUGCUGGGCAGUAGAAUCUCUGCCUCGGAGGAGCAGGUUGACCCUCCACGGGUGCCAGCAUUGACACAGGAUGCUGCUAAGCCCCAUGUGCCCCUCAAGAUGGAGUAAAAUGCCGACUGAGAUGCUGAGAGUGAGGGAAGGUGAAAAGGAAGCCGGACUGUGCACAUACCCCGGCUUCCAGAGCCACCCGCCUGUCCCUCUGGGUGCUUCACAGCACCCACCGGGCCCUCGGGCCCCUCGUGCCGGCAGCUCGGACCGCAUGAGGUCUGGCACACGCAGGCAGGCUGGUGCAGACCAGCCCGGGAGGUCAAGGGCAGGGGGCUGGAGGUGGGGUGUGCGCUGCUGCCCCAGCGGGGUGGGGUCCUGUGCUGUGCAGUUGCCGAGCUGUCCCUGCUCUUCCUGAGGCCGCCUGCGGCGGGAGAUUUCCGGCUGAACAGUGCAAGCUCGCCGCCUGCGUUGUAUCACUAAACUUUGAACUGUGAGUCUUAGUGCAGUUUCCAUGGAGAGUCGCCAUUACCGGCAAUAGUGCCGUUUUGCAGGCAGUUGCAGCACUUGGGAUUUCCCUCAGAUCCAGUGACUUUCAAGAGUCCGCACUGGGAACUGUGUUUAUGUCACUCAGUUUCCAGGGCAGAACCACAGAGGCGGCCGUGGCAAGCCUUGGCCACCCCCGCCUCUCAUUCACUCCCAGACGCACAGAAGUCAUCAAAAUGUAUAAUGCAGUGUGUGGUAUGUGCGGGGUUUUGUAGGGGGGGAGACUAACAUUGACUAUAACUUAAAACGGAAGUAUACUUUUUAUAAAUUUUCUUUUUAAGACUUUGUGAAAUUAUUUCAGAUACAUAUUUUAGUGUCAAGGCAGAUUAGUAUUUAGCCAGCCAAAAACAAGUAUUGUGUACAAUUCGGGGCAGUCACAAAGUUGUGUAUUUUAUGUUACAAUAAAGGUUUCCUCUGAAGGAACAGUGCUGAGUCCUGGUGUUUGGUUUGGUUUGGUC